CUGCGCCAACCCGAGCCYGACCUGGUGCUGCUUUCUCUGGUGCUGGGCUUCGUGGAGCAUUUCCUGGCUGUCAACCGYGUCCUCCCCACCAAUGUCCCCGGGGUGUCCUUUGAAUCACGGCCCGGGCCGGACCCCCAGACCCGGCUGUACUUCCCGGUGGCCGAGCUGUCCAUCGUGGCCGCGCUCUACGCCCGAUUCACGGCGCAGAUCAGGGGGGCCGUGGAUCUGUCRCUGUACCCCCGGCCCGACGGCUGCUCCUCCCGGGAGCUGGUGAGGAAAGUGUCCGAUGUCAUCUGGAACAGCCUCAGCCGCUCUUAUUUCAAGGACCGGGCUCACAUCCAGUCCCUCUUCAGCUUCAUCACGGGUGAGGAGGGGUCCUGGGGGGUGCUGGAGGGGGGUGGUGGGGCNNNNGCCGUGGUCGGGGCCUGCCAGGUGCUGGGGCUGCCGGACGUUCACCUGGCCCUGAGCGAGGACCACGCCUGGGUGGCCUUCGGGGCCGGAGGGGCCCARACCGCCGAGGUCACCUGGCAUGGGAAGGGCAACGAGGACAGGAGGGGACAGCCCGUGCAGGCCGGGGUGGCCGAGAGGAGCUGGCUGUACCUGAAGGGAUCGUACCUGCGCUGCACGCGGCACAUGGAGGUGGCGUUUAUGGUGUGUGCCAUCAACCCGUCCAUCGACGGCCACACCGACAGCCUGGAGCUGCUGCAGCUGCAGCAGCGCCUGCUGUGGCUGCUCUAUGACAUGGGGCACCUGGACAGGUACCCCAUGGCGCUGGGGAACCUGGCUGACCUGGAGGAGCUGGAGCCCACCCCCGGCAGACCCGACCCUCUCACCCUGUACCACCAGGGCAUCCACUCCGCCCGUACCUACUACAACAACGAGCACAUCUACCCCUACCUGUACCUGGCCGGGUUCCACUGCCGCAACAAAAACGUCAAAGAGGCCCUGGAGGCCUGGGCUGACACGGCCACCGUCAUCCAGGACUACAAUUACUGCCGGGAGGAUGAGGAGAUCUACAAAGAAUUCUUCGACGUGGCCAACGAUGUCAUCCCCAAUUUGCUCAAGGAGGCGGCGGCCGAGCCCCCACCGGGGGCUGAGGGAGCCCCCGGGGGUCUCCCAGCCCUGCAGGACCCCGAAUGCUUCGCUCACCUCCUUCGAUUCUACGACGGCAUCUGCAGGUGGGAGGAGGGGAGCCCCACCCCGGUGCUGCACGUGGGCUGGGCCACCUUCCUCGUCCAGUCCCUCGGCCGCUUCGAUGGCCAGGUGCGCCAACAGGUGACGUUGCUCUCCGAGGACCCCGCUCCCCCCGAGGCGGAUUUGGGGGGCCCCGAAGACCCCCGUGACGGCCGCCGCCGCGGCCCCCGCCGCGAAUCCAAACCCGAGGAACCUCCCACCCCUAAAAAACCCGGGGAGCGCCGCCCCCCUCCCCGCGCCCCCCGCCCCGAGGAGACCCCGCCGCCCCCUCCAGCAGCCCCUCCAGCCCCCGGGACCCCCGGACCGACCCCACCCGCGCCUCCCCCGGGGCCGGUGCUGCGGUUCCGCUCGCAGAAGAUGCGGGGGAUGAAGGAGCUGCUGCGGGCGGCCAAGGUCAACUCGAGCGCCAUCAAACUSCAGCUCACGGCACAAUCUCAGGUGCAGCCGCGCCGCCCCCGAGCCCCUCCCGGCGCUUACCCCCUGCCCUUCCUCAARAGACCCCGAAAAGGGUCAUAGAAGACCCCAAAAAUCUCAAAACCUGCCCCGGGUGCAGCAGCAGCCUUCUCUUUCUCAGCAAUUCCAGAAAGAACGUCUCUGAGGUUCUCCCAAACUACUUAAGGACCCCAAAAAUAUCUGUGAGACCCAGUGCCCCCCCUGCCCUUCCUC